AUGGAGAAAGAGAUUUACAGAGACUGCCAGAGAAACCAUGCAUGCUCACUUGGCGGCUACGUGAUCGACGGUUGCACCGAGUUCAUCCAAGGUAACAGCAUCAGCAGUACCCAUUGUGAAGCCUGCGGCUGCCAUCGAAACUACCAUAGGAAAGUCCUUGUAAUAGACUUGGAAAAAUCUACCGAUGGCAAACCCUUUAUGAACCUGAGAGAGGCGAAGAGGAUGGCCCGGCAGCGCGGUGUUGUUGUCCCGCCACCACCGUCUACUUCGGACGAAGUGAAGGUGAAGCAGAGGAAAUCGAAGUUCAGUCCGGAACAGAAAGAGGCAAUGAGAGAAUUCGCGGAGAGCCUUGGGUGGAGCAUGCGGAACAAAAGUAGACACGAGGAGAUCAACGGGUUCUGCGAGCGGAUCGGUGUUAGCAGGCUAACGUUCAAGACGUGGUUGAACAAUAACAAGAAGUGUUACCUCAAAGGAACGGCAACUGCCGCAUGUGAAGCUGAGAAUUCUGCUCCCUGA